CGUAGACAAAUGGAUAUAAAAGAACAAACUGGUGAUAACAAAGAGCAAAGAAAUCCAGAAACACAAGCAAAUGGUCAACCACAGGAAACGGAACAACAGCAAGAUCAGCAAGAUCGACAUCCGCAAUAUGAACUUGCUGCUUCGUAUGCAAAUUUGACACAUUCAAACACUUCAGUAGUUGUGGAUCCGGCUCUUCAAUCAGAGCACUCAAAGUCAUCAAGCGCUUUUCAAGCCGUUACAUACACCCAACCUUAUGGCCUGAUUAUGAGUCCUUCAUUUGCUAUUGGUACUGUCAGCACUCCCCCUGCAGCAUCAUCUGGCAUAGAGGAACAAGAAGAACCACUCUAUGUAAACGCGAAACAGUAUCACAGAAUUUUGAAGAGACGGGCGGCCAGGGCAAGAUUGGAAGCCGAAAAUAAAAUACAGAGAGGAAGAAAGAAAUAUCUUCAUGAGUCUCGUCACAAACAUGCUAUGCGUCGCCCCCGUGGUCCAGGUGGUCGUUUUCUCACUGCAGCAGAAAUCGAACAACAAAAAAAGGAAAGUGAAAAUUCAUCGCAAUCACAAGCUCAGCAACAAAAUGGUUCUAGCUCUGACACUCGAAAUCUCAUGCUAUCGGAGAAUGGUGUUAAGCAAGAAGUUCGAAAAUGA